ACGAGGCGUACACGGAUCGGAGAGGCAGAGACACACCCGCACCAGUCACUCAGCUCAUCCGUAGCGAGGCAUAUCAGCAAGAGCCAUGGCGACGAGCAAGGAAGACAUCAAGCACGGCACGGCCCAGGCGAGGUUGACCGUGGACGACGAGCUCAGGACCGGCUACUUCAACGGCACGCCGCUCGAGGGCGGCAAGAUCGCCGACUCCGACCCCGUCGACCUCUUCGCCCAGGCGCGACACGUCGCCGACGCCUCGCAGCAGCAGCCGCGGCGUGAUCUAGGGGAGGAGGAAGGGAGGAAGGCUGGGUCGGAGGAGCCGCGGGCGCAGGCGCGGCAGGGGAUGGGCGCCGGUGGACGUCAGCUUGGGCGCCAGUAGCUGGCUAGCUAGCCGUAGUACCACGUCGAUGUAGAGCUACCUAGAAAUAAAGUUGCCGAGGCCGCCGGCCGGCCGGACGGCCGAUGUUGUAUGUCGUAUGUAGUGUAUCACCGAGGUCAACCGUGUGAGAAGCACCACCUAGCUCUGCUUUUGUCAUAAGUUUCACCCUGCAUGCGCGGUGCUUUAGAAAAUAAAUGAACCAGUGUUGGUGCAUCAA